CGAUGAUUGGCAGUUGUUCCACAGAGAAACUGUGACUUGAUCGCCGUCAGCACGGCGUUAGCAUCGUUGACUUUAAUACUCAGGCGAUAUUGCCACACCAUUUUCUUGUUAAUUAUCAAUUUGUUUCGAUUUUACUGGGCAGACAGCUUUCGCUUGCUGCAGUUGUAAUUUUAUUCGGUAAUGGCAUCCCUAAAAUUUUUGGCAGCUGCAGCUGCCUUGAUCCUCAUCGCUUCCGUAGCCGAUGCGGCAUCCUACACUCCCACCAGGGAUCUGGAAAAUUAUUGCGGGCGUUUGUUAGACAUAAACUGUCCGUUCACGUCUGGAGAAGCUGGAACACUCCGAUUCUGGUCUAUGCCUCGCUCGCCGUGUAAAGUGACAGUGGCUUUCUCCAGCCUUUCUUGUGGAUCGUCAUUUGAGUACUUUUCGAUAUACCUCAACAUAAGAUCGUCUUAUAUGCCUCUGAAUUCAAAAAUGGAAAUCUACGACACAUCCAUCGGCCGCACACUAGGCAAGUCGUGGGAUGGAGGUUCCAGAGUGCCACAGUCAACCAAUCCCACAUCAGCCAACCAGUAUCUGUCCAGAGCGUCCACGCAGCCGAAGAUCUCCAUUGAGUUCACACCGUCCACUUCCUAUCCACCUUCUAGCGAGCAUGAUGUGUUUUUUGAUUAUGUUAUUGUUUCAGAUACUUCCUCACACUAUAACACUUACUGCAGCGCUCUACGCGGCUACGUCAGCAACAGCCACAUCUGCGAUACAACCAACGACCGCGUCAACUGUCCGAAUUCAUACACCGCCGAAGUGUACCAGAACAAUCCAGCAACGUCUCGCCAGACUUGCCGCUAUUAUUAUGGGCUUGGAGGUGGAGCGAUUGCCGGUCUCGUCAUCGGAGGUGUGGCGUUUGUGGCAAUCAUUAUCACGAUCAUUUUAGUCUGUGCACGGCGCGAACAGCGAAUGAGGGCCCAACAAGUCGCAACCAACAACGCCUACUCCGUGUCCACCGUCACCGUUACACCACAAGGUACCCCGACGUCAUAUCCAACGCAAACGUACGCCCCGGCUCUCUACCCGGCUGGAUCUGCACCAUUUCCUCCUACCCCGGCAACGAGCUAGAGGUUAAGCGCAAGUUAUUUGUAACGGACUGCUGCACAUUUCAAGAAGCUGACAAUUAAUGAAAUGUUUGCAAUUUGGUCCUAAUUGCGACCGACAGAGUUCUCAUAAUUUCUGUUACCAUUACAGUUUGUGUUGAGUACGAUGCGGACGCAAAAUCUGCUACUGAUACCUGUUUUUAUGUGUGUUUUGAUUCGAAUUUAUUUGUAAUUUUUCAAUCUGCAUACGUAUCUGUAUUAAAACAUUUAUCACA